AUGGCCACUCGAGGUCAAGGUCAAGGUCGAAGGAAGGUCACCAUCGACAUCAUCGUCGCCAUCAUCACAGUUGUAGCAGUAAAACUCGCGAUGAUUCCAGAAGUUCUUCAGUUUCUCCUAGGAGAAGGAAGGAUAGGAAGCAUAGAGAUAGGAGGCAUGAUGGUGAUAAGCAUCGGAGACACAGGAGAUCAAAGUCGCGAUCUCAUUCCCGACACCGCAGACGCAGGCAUCAUUCGCGAUCGUCGUCUGACUCGUUGCCACGUUUCACCAGAGCACAAGCCAACAGUUCAGCCGACCAUGAAAUCAGGCACGACACUGCCGGCCAUGUUUGCUGAACUUCAGAACAGUGACUUCAAGGAACAGCUGAAGGCCAUGUUCGUUGACGCUCAGACAAAGACUCCGGAUGAAAUUGCAAAGGAGAUUCAGUUGGAUGAGACUAAAUUAUUAAAAGCCAAGGAGAAGAAGAGCGCACUACCUCUGAAUAACCAGAAUCCACUCGCGGCAAUGGUGGCUGGUGGCUCAAAAGCCACAGCCCAACAGGCUCUCUCACAGACAAUGGCUGCAAUGCAUGCCAAAGUGCAAGAGAUCACUGGCGUCGCGGUUCCCAAAUAUUACAAUCCAUCUGCUGUCAAUCCUCUCAAAUAUGCUGAACAGUUGAAGAAGAGGAAGAUGCUGUGGUCGAAGGGUAAAGAAGCAGAUGCUGCUACUGCAACUGCUGCUGAGAAGGUUGAAAAAGAAGCUGAAGUCAAGCCGGACAUAAAAUCACAGCUGCAGUGGAGUGGCACGUCAUUCUCGGCAGACGACGACGGGAGAAUGGCGGCAAAAUUUAAAAAGCUGAUGGGCAUCAAGCAGGACGGCUCCAGCACACUGCCAGCGAACGUGGAUGUGACGAAGCUGUCAGAGGAGCAGAGAAAGAAGCAGGAGGAACUCUUCCAACAACUGGAUAGGGAGUACGAGUUUGCUAGGAUGGCCACUCAUACGUGCAGGGGUGUUGGAUUUGGAUUCGCCUCGUCACACAACUUGCCCGGAUCGUGA